AUGUUGGCGGUUUCUGCAACUAAGGAAGGCAGCUACAAUUAUUUGCUUAGCCUGCUGAUUGACCGGUCUUGGAGGAGGGCACUGAAUCUGGAAUUGCGUAAGGACUAUAUGCAUAAAAUAGUUACCUUUUUGGAGAAAGAGAAGGAAAAGGGUGUCACCGUUUUUCCUCCUAGGGAUUUGAUUUUUAAUGCUUUCAACUUAACCCCGCUCAACCAAAUUCGGGUCGUCUUAAUUGGCCAGGAUCCUUACCAUGAUGUAGGACAGGCACAUGGCUUGUGCUUCUCCGUAAACAAGGGUAUAAGGCCACCACCAUCACUUAUCAAUAUUUAUAAAGAGCUCAAAAGCGACAUCCCGUCCUUUAAAAUACCAGAUCACGGUUGCCUUGUCCCAUGGGCUCGGCAAGGUGUCUUUAUGCUCAACGCAACGUUGACAGUUCAAGCCCACAAAGCUAAUUCUCAUAGCAACAUUGGAUGGCAAAAAUUUACUGAUGAAGUAAUCCGUAUAAUAUCGCGAGAAACCAAGGGAGUUGUGUUUCUUCUUUGGGGUGGCUUCGCACAAAAAAAGGAAGCUCUCGUUGAUCGUAAGAAGCACACUGUGAUCAAGACAGCUCACCCUUCACCUUUAAGCGCCCGUAUGUUUUUUGGUUGUCGAUGCUUCUCGAGAACUAAUGAAGCGCUUGUGAAGAUGGGAAGACAGCCAAUUGAUUGGAAAGUUCUGUAA